GGGUAAUCAGGUGGCAGAUGAUAGAUGUAAUCUAUACCAGAUUGGGGGGGAAAUUCCCAUGGAUGCCCAUGCAUGACAAAAAGGUAAAAGUCCUUCAGACUGAACUCUCGGUCAAUGCUUAAGCCAAAUUGAUAUCCGCCAAAAAGAAUUAUAAUUAUUGACCUCAUUUGAAGGGCGUUGAUGAGCAUUGACCACCCAGGCAAUGAACCUCAAAGAGUGGAAACCACCCGAACAGCACAGCACCACAUGACUAAGCGGCCCAUCAAACAAUUUUAAGGCUAAUGACUAUGUUUAUGCGGAAAACUUGUGAACCCCUGCGACACUGAAAAACCGCCUAACUAAUUGAUACUGAAAGCAAAACGGUUAUCAUAAUAGUAUUAUGUGUGGGAGGGUUGACAACUUGUAAACAAAUAUUGUUAAAAACUUUGUUUUGUUUCUGGUCGUGGGAGCACUAUUUACGGUUUACACAAUAUUGUAAAAAUACGUAUACGCCGCUUGGGUCAUGCCCCAGCAAGCAAACAACGCCAGCGGACAGUGAGGCCGAUGAGCAAUGCUUGAUGGGCGGGCGAUUAAGCGCCAUUAAAAAAGCGUUUUAUGGUUUGGUAAAAAUCGCGAAUAUACCAGUUGGCAAACUCUAUAAAAUCAGUUAGUGCCAGUGGUUUUGCAUUCAGUCUGCGUUCGAGGAUUACACACAAAACAACCACCAAAAACAACAAAUAUGUCUGCAAAAAAUACAAGAAAUUGCCUCUGGCUGGGCCUAGUCGUGUCGGCCACAGUUCUGCAGAUGGUUCAGGGCCAGUACUAUGGAUAUCCGUACUAUGGUGGGGGAGCGGGCGCCGGCGCUGGAUUGGGUGGCGGCUAUGGGAACAUGUAUGGUAAUGCCUAUGGCUACGGUUAUCCCAGCUACGGCGGAUAUCCCUACUACUCAUAUCCGAGCUACAAUCCCUAUUCGAUAUACGGCCAGUACGGUCAGUACGGUCAGUCCCAGUAUGGCUAUCCCAGUUACGGCGGCUUCCCGUACGGCGGAGGCAACGGAAUGAACACGGCCUAUGCCAGCAGCAGUGGCGGCUUUGCCACAGCCAGUGCGGGGAGCGGCGGCUACUACGGCUAACCCUGGAGUGAUAAUAAUUUCCUAUUACCCUAAGCUAGUUAAAGUGUAAAUAUUGGUUAAUAAUUUUUUUUUUCAUAAAAAAUAUGUGUUUUAGCACGAAUAAAUGUGUGAGAAACAUUCGCAAA